AAAAGCCAAUGGUACCAAUCAAAUAAGAAAAAUCCAAAUUGCAGAACAGGACUUAUCAAAAUACCUUAUUAAUCACCUUGUCCCGGAAUAUUACAAAGUAGAUUCCGGGCCGGCCAAGUUAAUUAAACAACAAUGUCAUUCUCAACUUGGGCAGUCUAAUCCUGCCCGCGGUCAGUUUUAAGUUUUAUUUACGUUAGAACCCCCUUAUUUUUUCCUUAAAACAAAUUUUCUCCUCCAAUAAAGUUUCAAGAAAUUCAAAAAUACUGAAAGAGUGAGGAAUUCGAAGAUCGCAUCGCUAUUAUCACUAUAAAUGAAAUGUAUCAGCCCAAAGGCGCUCCCAGUCCAAGCUUAGUCCAGAACAAUGCAGCUGUGCAUAGCCAGUCAUUAGACUGUGGUGGCGGCUCAAUGGAUCCGAUGAGUGGAGGCAACAACAAUCCCAGUCUUGCCUCAAAACAACGUCUGCGUUGGACCAACGAGCUUCAUGAGCGAUUUGUUGAUGCUGUAGCACAACUUGGUGGCCCGGAUAGAGCUACACCGAAAGGCGUUCUUAGAGUCAUGGGUGUACAAGGACUAACCAUUUACCAUGUAAAAAGCCAUUUACAGAAAUAUCGACUUGCUAAAUAUCUUCCAGAUUCCUCAUCUGAUGGUAAAAACUCUGAUAAGAAAGAAUCAAGGGAUAUGCUUUCAAGUUUGGAUGGUUCAUCAGGUGUGGAAAUCACUACGGCUCUAAAGCUGCAGAUGGAGGUGCAAAAGCGACUCCAUGAGCAACUGGAGGUCCAGAAACAGCUACAACUUAGAAUAGAAGCCCAAGGGAAGUAUUUGAAGAAGAUAAUCGAAGAGCAACAACGGCUCAGUGGAGUUCUUGAAGUUCCUGGUUCUGGGGUCACUGCUCCUCCAACUGGUGACAACGGCCCAGAAUCUGAUAACAGGACUGAUCCAGGGACUCCUGCACCAUCAUCUGAGGCCCCUCAUGUCGAUAAGCCUGUAAAAGCACAUGUCCCAACCAAGAGCCUUUCUAUGGAUGAAUCUUUCUCUUCACAUCAUGAGCCUCUAAGUUCAGACUCUGAUUGCCAAGAGAGCCCUAACGGUGAGAGGUCAUCAAAGAAACAAAGAGUUGGCACAAGUGCAGCAUUCACAAAAGAAAACGUGGCACUUCCACAUCAGAUAUUGGAUUCAAGCUUGAGCCCACCAUACCAGCAACCACAUUCAGUUUUUAUGACGAGGGAUCAAUUUAAUCAUGCAUCAGGAUUAUCUCUAGGCAUCGAGGAUCAUAAAGUUUCUGGGAGCAACAUGUAGUUAUUCGAUGCCACGCCAGCAUGCUGCUUGUGCAACAUGACUUCAAUUUAUAUAGUUUGUGUAACCUCUGAAUAUAUGUAUAAUUGUAUAAUUCUCAUUUGGUCACAGAUACCGCUUGGUCUUUAAUGUAGUAGGUUUGAGUUGCUCUUUUA